GGAAUCCUAAUUGGCUUCAGGAAAAUACAAUUAAAAUGCAUGCGAACCAAUUAAAAACAAUAUCCCGGUGAGUGGUUUGCAGGCUGAUAUUUAGGCAGAUAUUCGUACGCAUUUGAAUUUUGUGUUGCGAUUUGUGGAAACGGAUAUAAUGGAACAGACUCUGUCGUCGUUUUCUAGGGACGUCGCAGAUAUUUUCGCAGAAAAUUCCGACAACGAUAAAACCUUCUACGGAUUUUCUGACUGCGAAAUAAGCGGUGUCGGCGAUUUGAAGAGUUCGGAUAGCGACGACGCUGCUGUCAAACACAAGGUCCCAGAUCGCAAACCUUCCCACCGUUUUACCAUUAGGGUGGCCCUGCGUUCCCGCGCAAACAAUACCCAGAGCGAAGAUGAGGAUGAGAAGGGAGAAUGGCCUGAAAAUGAUGGGAAAACAGAGUUUAAUUUGAAGGAAAAGGGGGAAUGUGGCGAGCCGUUACCUCCAGACUCGGACGAUGAAGCGGAGGGUUACCUGGAAAAACGAGCCUUAAACAUCAAAGCUAAUAAAGCAAUGCUGGCUCGGUUAAUGGCAGAUCUGCAGAUGAUGCCUGGUGCUGUACAGAAGAGCCCACAGGUGGAUCGACCAAAGGGCCAGCGGAGCCGGGCUCCCCCCUCCACUCCAGCUGCCAGUGGAGGUCGGCGGUACCCUGAGCGAGCCUCUAGGAGGCAGACUCGCUCCAUGGGAAAUUAUCAAGAGACUUCAGUCCCCCAGAAAGAGAAGGAUUUGGAGCUUACUCUUGAGGAAGAACUUAUGGAGGUCCGACAAGCUCCUCGCCGCCGUGGCAACCCUCGAAUAAAUAAGUCCAAGCCUCACAUCAUGCGGGCGGUGGAGGAAAUCACAGAAGACGAGCUUAAUCUGGUGGCAGAUGGCAUGACAGACAAAGUGUACAACAGUGCCACCGGCACCACGUGUCAUCAGUGUCGGCAGAAGACCGUGGACACAAAAACCUGCUGUCGCAACACUGACUGCCGUGGGAUCCAAGGUCAAUUCUGUGGACCCUGCCUACGGAACCGCUACGGUGAAGACGUUCGUAAAGCUCUGCUUGACCCGGGGUGGUGGUGUCCUCCGUGCCGUGGAAUCUGCAACUGCAGCUUCUGUCGUCAGCGAGAUGGUCGUUGCCCUACUGGCAUCCUAUUUCCUCUGGCCCAGUACCAUGGCUUCAAUGAUGUCCACUCUUACCUCAACAGCCUUCGGAAUAAACUGAAAAAUGAAGAGGAUGAGUGACCCACUCAAACACACUCAACUGCACUGCUGUUGCAUAAUUUUAAAUGAAAUAAAGGCUUAAAUAUGGUAAUAUCAA